UAUGCGAAAAAGAUUUUCAAAACGAUUUUCAGUGCUAUUCUUACGCUGUUUUUGAUAGGAAUAGUGUUUAGCGAUGAGAAUCAUAAGAAAAGUUACAAAACACCGAAAGCGUGUGGAAAUACAAAACCAAUUCUCUAUAAAGAGAGUGACAAAAGUCACCGAAUGGUUGAAAUAAUAUAUCAAAACAAUGCAAUUAUCGACUGCUAUCUGUAUGGAGACAAACGACUGGCAGAGAAUGCGAUCGCAAACAAGUUAUGCAAACCUAAAGUACAGUUUGUCGAACCGAAAGCGUUGUCAUCCGUUGCCCUCCAAUGCUCUCAAUGGUUGUCACGACAGAUAAGAAAAGGAGAGAUCCCUUCCUAUUCUGACGAAGACUUUCCCGACGAAUACAACAAUAAAAUUGAUAGAAAUUUUUUCGAAGGAAUUCUUAUAUUUCCGGGAACCAAAUGGUGCGGCGCUGGAGAUAUUGCAGAACACGAACACGAUUUUGGCUCAGAAAAGGAGACGGACAAGUGCUGUCGUCAACACGAUUAUUGUUUUGAUUCAAUCGAAAGCAAAGGCACUAAAUAUAAUCUCACGAAUAAAGCUAUUCAUACAAAAAGUCAUUGUCUUUGUGACCAAGAAUUCACCGAAUGCCUCAAAUCUGUGGACAAAUUAAUAUCCAAAAGUAUAGCAAAGCUUUACUUUAAUUUAAUUCAAGUGCAAUGUUUCAAAAGAGAUCACCCAAUCAUUGAGUGCUUGGAAUAUAAAGGAAUCCCAUUAUUUUGGAGUAGUUGUCAAAAAUACGAAUUGGAUUUUACGAAAGCCAUUAUCUAUCAGUUUUUUGACGCAAAAUUUGUCGAUUGGUUU